CUCUCUCUCUCUCUCUCUCUCUCUCUCUGCGACUCUCACCUCUCACCGAGUCAGACUGGAUCCCGACUUGGUCCAAGUUCGAUCUCCAAUCGCUCUGAGUUCCUUCUUCUUCUUGCCCCUGUGACUGUGGAAAUUAGGUUUUGGUGCCCUAGCAACAUCGUUCUCUCUCCUAGGGUUUUUGAGAAAUUUUUUUUUUUUUUUUUUAGGAUUUUAACAUCGAAAUGACUUGAGACUAGUUUGUAUGGCAUUACAUUUUGUUUGGUUGUCAAGAAAAUUUGGGUUAAUGAAGAAACCAGAAUGUAGUGAAGUUUAAGCUUUAGGUGUUAGUUUUUGUAUGAUUUAUGGCUUGGGAUCUUUCCUUUCAUUCUUUUUUUAUUUCUCAAAAGUUUCAUUUUUGUCUCAAAGAAGAAAACUUAACUGCCAACUUACUGGAUAUGAGCGUUUAGGAAAUGGAUAGUUUACGGCUCUUGAAUUAUGAGUUAAUCUUUGGUGGAGCAUACUACUACGUUCCGGAGUCGUUUUUUAAUAUUGAAAUGGUGUUUGAUGUCUUAGAAUUCUUUUUAGUGAGUUAAAGUGCAUUUGAAAUUGCAGUAAUCUUCCUUUUAUUUGAUAGUUGUGUUAGGUAUACUAUUAUGGUUUUCCUAUCUGUUAAUAGGGGUUUGGGAGUUCACUAAAAUCGCUUCAACUUUGCUUUAGUUUUGAUUAGAAGAGGAGGUAGAGGCAGCUGGUCCGGAGACUUGGCUCGAUUUUCGACGGGGUACGAAGAUUUAGAUGGAUUCUAGAUGGAAAUUAAUCGCAGAGGUGAACUCCAACAGGUGAGAACAAUGACAAAUGACUGAAAAGCAUGAUGUUUUCAAAAUUAUUUGGUUGGCAAUCCUACUCAGUGAUACGAACCGAAGGACUUCAAUUGUCACUUAUCCUUCUAUUAAUAACGGGGAACCCGUAGAAAACAUGAUGGCUCCUUCUGGGGAAAAUUGUGCCCCCCAACCCAAAUGCCAAAAUCAGGUGAUCUAAUUUGUAACAGAGGACCCACAAAGAAAAAAGAGUAAAUCUCAAGAGUGUAGAAUCAUUGAAGGUCAGCACCAAACAAUUAAUCUCUCAGCAACCGCUUCUUGGAUCUGAAAACUAGUGGUUACGGAUAUGGCUUCUUCUUCUUCUUCACCUGCUGCUGCUGCUGCUGCUGAUGCUGAUGAUACAAAAACGUAUGAUGUGUUUAUUAGUUUCAGAGGUGAGGACACCCGCCGUACUUUUACCAGCCAUCUUCACGCUGCCUUACUUGAGAAAAAAAUCACAACCUACGUGGAUGACAAGCUUAAGAGAGGAGAUGAAAUCGCACCUGCCCUUCUCGAAGCAAUCAAGGAAUCAGAGCUUUCGGUGAUCAUUUUCUCGAAAGACUAUGCUUCUUCCACAUGGUGCUUGGAUGAGCUUGUGCAUAUCAUAGAAUGCAAGGAAAAAAAUGGUCAGUUGGUUAUACCCAUUUUUUACGACAUCCUUCCAUCGGACGUACGAAAACAACAGGGGAGUUAUGCGUUUGCGUUUGAUCUAAUCGAGCAACGUUUCGAGAACAGUAUCGACAAGGUGCGCAAGUGGAGGGAUGCUCUGACGAAAGCAGCAAAUAUAUCUGGUUUUGAUUCAAAAAAUUUUAGGACGGAUGCUGAUUUAGUUAAGAAAGUUGUAGAGGAUAUUUCGACCAAAUUGUGUCACAAAUCAUCAUGCGGUUUAGAAGACCUAGUUGGAAUUGAAAGCCGCAUCGAGCAAAUUGAAUCGCUGUUAGACAUUCAUUCACAGGACGCUUGCAUCACUGUAGGUAUUUGGGGAAUGGGUGGUAUUGGCAAGACCACGAUUGCUGAUGCUGUGUUUCGUAGACUCUCUUCUGAAUUUGAAGCUAGUUGUUUUCUUCGAAAUGUUAGGGAGAUCUCAGAACAAAUAAAUGGACUAGAUCUCUUGGAAAAAUUUCUUCUUCAAAAGAUAUUACAGGUAAAAAGUCAAUCCAUAGGGUCAAGUAGUGUUUCAAAAAGGCUUAGCCGUACAAAGGUUCUCAUUGUUCUUGAUGAUGUGAGUAGUUCAUUGCAAAUGGAACGUUUAGCUAGCAAUCGUCUUCCGUAUGGCACUGGAAGUAGAAUCAUUAUCACAAGUAGAGAUAGGAGCAUACUUAGACAAACUGUUGAAGAUGAUAAGAUCUACGAGGUUGAGGGAUUAGAAACAGAUGAUGCUCUUCAGCUCUUUUGUUCACGUGCUUUCAAGAAUAAUAGUAGUCCUGGAACAGAUCAUAAUAGGUUGGCAAAAAAGGUGGUGCAUUAUGCUGGACACGUUCCUUUAGCUCUUAUAGUUUUGGGGUCCUUGUUCUUCGAUUGCAAGAGCAAAGAAGACUGGGAAGAUGAAUUGAACAAAUUGAAACGAUUCCCCAGUGAAAAUAUCCAGAAAGUUUUGAGAAUAAGUUACGAGGGAUUGGGAAGAAAUGAGAAAGAGAUAUUUCUGGAUAUAGCAUGUUUUCAUAAAGGGAGGGAUGUGGAUGAGGUAAAACCAAUGUUAGAUAUCCGUGGAUUCUUUGCGGCAGCUGGAAUUAGAAUUCUCACUAAUAUGUCUCUCAUAUCACUUCUUUCAAAAAGGGGAUUGGGAACCAUAGAGAUGCAUGAUUUGCUACAAGAAAUGGGAAGGACAAUUGUUCAAGAACAAUGUAUUGAAGAUCCUAGUAAACGUAAUAGGUUGUUCAACGAUGAAGAUGUCUAUCAUGUAUUGAAAAGUAACAUGGGAACUCCAAAUGUUCAAGCCAUAUUGGUUAAUUGGUCUAAGAUUAAAGAGCUACGGUUGAAACGUGCAGAUUUCAAAAAGAUGUCUAACCUAACAUUGCUAAUUGUUGUCAACUCUGAACAGUUUGGCAAUUACUGCAAAUUAAACGCUUCUCUAGAUCUUCCCGAUUCUCUUCGUUAUCUUUACUGGUGUGGAUAUCCUCUGAAAUCUUUGCCCUCAAACUUUUCUCAUGAAAAUCUAGUUGAGCUUCAUAUGCCCGAAAGCCAAGUUAAGGAGCUUUGGAAAGAAGACCAGAGACUUGUGAAUUUACAAGUUAUCGAUCUGGCAUGGUCCACAAAUCUAACUGAAGUUCCAAAUCUCUCUAGGUGUCCAAAAAUUGUGCACAUAAAUCUUCGUGGCUGUUACAGAUUGGUUGAAAUUCCUUGGUAUUUUCAACUUCUUGACAAGCUUACUCAUCUUGAUCUUGGAGAAUGCACCAGUCUCAAGUAUCUUUCAGAAAUGCCAGGAAAUAUUGAAUAUUUAGAUUUAUGUACCAGUGGUAUAAAGGAGUUGCCCAAAUCAGUUUGGUCUAAUCAAAAGAUUUCUUACUUGAAUAUUAAUGGUUGUAAAGACCUUGAGAAACUUCCAAGCAACAGGUGUAAGCUGAACAUAUCCGAUUUGUUUCUCAUACACUCUUGCACAUCUCUUAAUGAGAUUUUUGAGCUUCCCAGGAAUAUAAGUGAAUUAUUAUUGGAUUGCAAGAGGCUUGUGAGUAUCCCAACCCACAUUUGUAAGUUGAAAUAUCUUAAGUUACUUGAUCUCUAUGGGUGCCCGAAACUUGAAGACUUCCCAAAGAUCUUGGAGCCAAUGGAACAUUUGGAGUCUCUUUGUUUAAGUGGAACAGCGGUCCAAGAGCUACAUUCAUCAAUCGAGUUUCUCCCUGCUCUCAAAAAAAUUGAGCUACAAGGUUGCAAAUGGCUUUCAAGUAUCCCAGAGAACAUAUGUAAGUUGAAAUAUCUUGAGAGACUUGAUCUCAAAGGUUGCUCAAGCUUUUCCAAAUUCCCUGAAAUCUUGAAGCCAAUGGAACAUUUGGAGUCUCUUAGUUUGCAAGGGACAGCUGUCGACAUGCUUCCUUCGUCUAUUGAAAAUCUAAUUGGGCUUCAAACUUUAGACCUUAUGGACUGCAAGUACCUUAAGGAUGUCCCAACAAGUAUCUACAGUUUAACAAAUCUUAGAAGUCUCAACUUUUAUGCCUGUCGGGAACUUGAAAAAUUGCCUUCCAGCUCUGUCGGUUUUCUCUCUUUGAAAGAACUAAUUCUCAGCUACAGCGGUAUAUUUGAAAUCCCUGAUGGUCUCUUUUGCUCAACCUCAUUGCAAGACUUAAAUCUGUGUGGAACCAGGAUUAGGAGCAUCCCUGCAAGCAUCAAACAAGCAUCUCAGUUGUCUAGCCUCUGCUUAUAUGGGUGCAAGCAGCUUCAAUAUUUACCAGAGCUCCCAGGAGUACGUCUUCUUAGAGCACAAGAUUGCACAUCGCUGAAGACGGUGUCAAGUUCAAGGACAGCGCUCACGCAAGGUUUGGAUAAAUAUGAUUAUUUUUGCAAAAUUUUUAUUAAUUGUCCAGAAUUGGACAAGAACGCAAGGAGCAACAUAAUGGACGAUGCACAGCUUAGAAUUAUGCAAGUGGCAACUGCGCCGUCAAAGUACCCUCGGCCUCGUAUUAACGUUGUAUGUCCGGGAAAAGAAAUUCCAAAUUGGUUCGGUGAUCAAAGUGAGGGAUCUUCAGUGAACAUCAAGCUUUGUCCAGACUGGUUUCGAAAAGGCUUCUCGGGAUUCGCUCUCUCUGCUGUUGUUUCUGGGGUUUCAAAGCCGCAGAAUGACUUGAGUGUAAGUGCUAAUUUCAUUGUCAAAUUCAUGGGUGAAAGACAUGAACUGUUCACUUCUUCAUUCUUUAUCCCAAGAAGCAGCCAGAAAGACUACUGUUAUGGUCAGCAUCACGUGUAUGUGUGGAAUAGAGCCUUUAGAAGUGAAGAUGUAGCAAAAAUAUGCUCCCCUGAUGUUUACAAACUUGCCAAUGAGGCCUCUGUUGAAUUCUGCCCGGUGGUUUUAAGAAGAGAACCUGCUUCUUAUUCCCAUAUGAAGGUGGAAAGUUGUGGUAUACGCCUGUUGUAUGCCCAAGAUCCUGAGAAAUUCAAAUUUGAUCAUGUCUGAGUCGAGGGAACCAAGGGUGUGUUUGUUUCCCUUCACUAGAGUUCACUGGAUUAGACUAGACACAAAAUUAGUGCAAUCCAGUGUUCGUUUCUCACAUGGACUAAGUUUAAUGAGAUUAAGUCUCAUUCGCGAAGCCCCCCGAAAACCCACGGACUGCUAAGACCAUCGUCCUCUCUCUGGCGUCUGCUCAACUGCUCGACCAAUCCAGCGUCACCCACCACUCCCUACCGUGUCUUAGUCCUCGUCCUGUUGAACGACCUCGCCUGACCAUCCCACCAACUACCGCGUCCUUGUCUUCGAUGGAGGAAGGUUGUUAAAGCAGGACAAAAAUGCAUUGAGAAGGGAUAAGAAUUCUUUAUGACAACCCAAGUUGAGUGCUUACGCAAGGGAACCGGUGACAUAUCAAUGAUGAUCCUCUCUGCAAUGUAGGAUUGAGAAAACAAUCAUGCACAUAUUAUAUCACACGCAUUUACUUUGGAAUUUUGGGUAAGAUUGUAUUCAGCCACCAUUGCCCACUGAUUCUAUAAACUGAGGCCAAGUAAUUUUGCAUCUUUGUAUCUUUGUGUGAAGCUUACUUAUGCAAGGGUUGUAGUGAAGCAUCUGAGUAACUGAUAUAACUCUUAGUUGUGUGAGAGCGGUUUUUCACAUGAAAUCAUCAUUCUAUUCUUGCUAUGUGCAAAUGUGCGGGGCUGAUGAAAGAUGAAUUCUUGAGAAGAUGAUUGUAAGAUUGAGUAGAAUAUGUAAUUUACGCUUCAGCAUGUAUAGAUGAACUCUGGAUCUCAUUGUUCUGGAA